ACAGUCGCAAACUCGCACGACUCUUCCCUUUUAUCCCUCACCUUCCCCCACACCACCGAGCUAACAGCAUCCCCUCCGUCUUCCCCAGCACACACCUCAUCGGCCAUGGCGGCGCCGAGCUGGAUCGGGCUCCGGCCGCCGCGCGCAGCCCUCCUACUCCUCCUGCUCCUCGCCCUCAACCUCACUUUCUCCCUCGCCGCCAACUUCGAGGGCUUCGACUCCGACGACCUCCCCUCCGCGGCCGGCGUCCUCGACGCUGACGAUGACGAGGAGGGGCUCGACGGCGUCGACCUCCCGCCCCCUCCGCCCAUCUCCCUCUCCACCUCCUCGCCUUCCCCUCCCGUCACGACGACUUCGGCGCCGAACCCUAACCCCGCCGCGCCCACGCCCCCGAACCCCACCCCGGCGCUCGAUCUCUGGGACGAGGACGAGUUUGAGGGCAUCCCCGUGCCGGAGGCGAUCUCCUCCGACGACUCCGCCGCGCCGGCCGAGGUCGCCCCGUCAGAUCCCUCCGUGGAGGCGGCGGCCGAGGCGGCGCCGGCCCCGAAGAAGACGCCGGCGGAGCUCCUCCGCGCCUUCUCGGUCGAGAUCGCCUGCGUCAGCUUCCUGAUCUGCUUCGUGCUCAACUACUUCACGGGGAAGAAGCAGAACGAGAAGAUCGCGCUGGCCUGGGCCACCAAGUUCGCCACCAGGGACUCCAUCUUCGACAAGAACUUCAGCCUCCUCGGCACCGGCGAUGGCAAGGACACGCCCCUCCUGCUCAAGGAGGGCCAGGACGUGUUCAAGUUCUACGCCAGCGGGAGGCGCUUCUGCCAGGGCAUGCUCGCCACCAUGGAGAUGCGCGCCCGGCACGAUCUGCUGUCCAAGUUCGUGGAGCUGGUGUUCCCCAGGAAGGACACCAUCACGUUCGAGGUGGUGAUGAAUGAGGACGCCAUGGACCAUGUGGUUCUGGCCGUCGCCAGGAAGAAGGCGGCCAAGAUGAUGCAGAAAGAGGAGAGGGAUCUGCAGAGAUUUGCCAACGUUCUCACUUCGGCACCCGCUGGGAGGAAGUGGGUGUCGGAUGAGCUUGCUGUGGUGGCUGAGUCAAAGGAGGUUGCUGGGGAUAUCAUCACUGAGGCUGUGCUUGACCAGGUCCUUGGUGAGAAGGCAUUCGAGAAAUUUGGAAAGUGGUUCAUCUCACUUCAUUUUUCAGAUCAAUUGGCAGGAUCCUACAAGAAGGUCCUCACAUUCAAGUUUGUACUGCCGGAUGCAAGCAACAUGUCAGAGAUGACGAGAUUGGUUGCUCUUGUGCCAUACUACAUCGAUCUGGUUGGACGUUACAAGCUCAGCUCGCAUGCUCGCUCGAAAACUGAUGCAGCUAGAACAAAGGCUGCUCAGGAGGCCUUCAAGGAACUUCAGAAUGCGAGGCAGGAGGCCCUGCAAAGGAAAAAAGCUGAAAAGAAGAAACUUAUGGAGGAGGCAGAUGCCAAAUUGAGUGCUGAGGCACUCCGGAAGAAAGAGGAGAAGGAAAGGGCACGGCAGAUGAAGAAGUCUGGACCCAAAGUGAAAAUGCUCCGUUCUUAGUAACAUCAAUCUAUCAUAGCUUGGCUUUAGCUAUUCACUCAGCUGAUUAGCUUAUAGUUCAGUGUCUGCUAGACUCUCAUUUAUAUUCCAAUUUUGGGCCAUCAUGUUUCCCUGUUGUGAGAAUGAGCAAAAAAGGAUCCAGGAGAAAAGAAUCCUCACUGGUGUUUCGGCUUUUAUUGGAUACGUGCAAGAUCUCUAGCCCAAUUUGCCCAUGAUAGUUUGGUCACCUUAUGAAGAAUUUGCAAUGCAGCAGCUCCAUUGUAAGAAAACUAGAACUUACACGAUUCGCUGUGUAGAAUGUUGAUAGAAUUAUGAUAUGAAAUUACGUGCUUGAGUUACAUGCUUU